AUUUCAAGUAUGCUGUGUCCAACGAUCAGUCAAGUUCAGAGCACAAUCAUGCGUAUGGUGAAUGCUUCUCCUAUUGUAUUACUGAUACUGAUAUUAACCUGGAGUUAUUAUGCUUAUAAUGUGAGUUUAUGUUAUGGACUCAUAAAAGACGGACAUACCCUUCAAGGCAUUUUAUACAUGUUAUUCUAUCACCCUUUAUUUGUACUAUGUCUGUGGUCCUACUGGACUGUCUGCGAAACCUCCCCUGGAUAUACGAUGGAUAUGUACAAAAAAAGAGAUGAAGAACAAGAAGAUGUUGUUGGAUUAUUAGCAGAUACAGAAGAACAAUACAAAUUACAACAAACCAAUACAAAUGAACCUAUGUAUCCGUCCAUUACUGUCAAAAGAGACGGUGCAAAGAGGUUCUGUCAAAAAUGUCAACUCGAGAAAUUUGAUCGAACACAUCAUUGUAGACAAUGCAAACGAUGUGUACUUAAAAUGGACCAUCAUUGUCCUUGGAUCAAUAAUUGUGUUGGAUUUCGUAAUUAUAAGGCAUUCUAUUUGUUUCUGUUCUAUGCUUCUUUGUACUGCAUCUAUGUGUUCUCAACUACAUUACCCUAUUGUAUCGUACAAGCCAAUGGACCUAUGAGUAUCUUAGGACUCAGUAUUCAUUGGGCACUAUUGGUGUUUAUCUCGGGUGUCUUUGGUGUAUUUCUGAUCCCAUUUACUCUGUUUCAUACUCGUCAAUUAUGCAAGAAUCGCACUACCAUUGAAUUCUAUGAAAAAUCGAAUUUUAGACUAGGCACAAGAGAUGUGAUGCGAAGUAAAUAUUUUAAUCCUUGGGAUAUAGGCACAAGAAAGAAUAUUGAACAAGUGUUUGGUAAAGACAUGGUUUUAUGGUUUAUUCCUGUGCCUAGUCAAAUACAUCAUGAUGGACUAUCAUUUCCUAUUAAUACAUAUGCUUAUGAUACAUUAGGUGCAGAAGAAGAUGAAGAAGAAGAACAAGAAGAAGAAUAAGCUAUACCCCUCUCAAUGAUCAUAUGACUAUAUAAAUAAAAU